AACAAAUCAAGAACUGCAGUCCAAUAACCAGCUGAAGGUAUUCGCAACUUCAACAACCUUGAUGUGCGUCCACGCGCCCCGACAUCUGUGACCUUGCUACACCCCUCCCACAAUCUCAGACGUGCAUGGCCUUCAUCCUGAUCAUCUGAGCUUUCCGCGCGCACGCAGAGUUUCCCCCGCCAUCAACAUUCGAUCCGGCAAGCCACCCCCACCAGACACCACCAUCAUCACCAUCAUUAUGCCGCCCUACUCGAGUCUGCAGAAGCAGCAAAUAGCACAGUUUAUCAACUUCACGCAAGCGAAGGACACAGCCGCUGCUAAGUUCUUGAAAGCGGCACGAUGGGAUCUUGAAGAAGCUAUCAAUACAUACUUCCAAAGCCCCUCCGGCGCGGGAGCCAGCACAAGCGCAAUCAACAAAAUCUUCGACAGCUACCGAGACUCACCCGAAGACUCCCCGGACGCCAUCGGCAUCGAAGGCGUAAUGCGGUACCUGGGCGACAUCUCCGUGCAACUCGACGAAGUCACCUGCCUGGCCAUCGCGGAGCUCGUCAAAUCCCCCACGAUGGGCGAAUUCAUGCGCGAGGGGUUUGUGACCGGUUGGCGCGCCAUUGGAGCCGACACCCUCCCCAAAAUGACCGCGCACGCCGCCGAGCUCCGUGCGCGGCUGCCGAUCCAACCGGACCUCUUCCGGCGGGUGUACCGGUACGCGUUCCCGCUGUGCCGGAUGCAAGGGCAGCGGAAUCUCCAGUUCGACCUUGCGGCGGAGCAGUGGCGGCUGUUCUUCACGCCGGACCACGGCGGCGUGGCGUGGCGGUCGGCGUCGCCGGCCACGCCGUGGCUGGACUGGUGGCUGGAGUUUCUCCAGGGGCGUGGCGGGCGGCCCGUCAACAAGGAUCUGUGGGAGCAGAUCGAGGUGUUUAUGCGCAAGACGGGCGAGGAUGAGACGAUGGGGUGGUGGAGUGCGGAUGGGGCAUGGCCGGGGUUGAUUGAUGAGUUUGUGGAGUUUGUGCGGGAGAGGCGGAAGGCUGGUGGCGGUGGGGAGAUGGAGGUUGAGUAG